AUAAAUAAUGACACCAUGUGCUAAAUGUGUGAUGUGAUAUAAAAUAAAUCGUGAUAUUUAAAUAAUGUUCAAAGAAGCUAUGAAUUCUUCGAACGAUUGUGAAAAGUAAUGGGUAAAAAAUUCAACGGUUAUUCAUUGCCAAAAUGGAUGUUAAUUUGUGUAAUUUUGCUGAUGUCCGGUGGUUGGUUUCCAUCAGGAAAGGCUUCGCAGGAGGGAGAAAUAAUUGCAAAAUGGGCAGAAACAUUAGGAGACGAGUUGUGGGAAUUGGGACAAAGAGUUACUAAAGCACCUGAAAUUAAAAAGAGAUAUAAAGAAUUGAAUGCACGUGUCGAACAUAAAGAUGGAGACAGUCUUAUGGAUUCGAUUGUCGAAAAUGUUGGUAGGAUGUUGUUACGAAAAAUGGAAGCCGUAAAAUGCAUCCUUACUACUGCUGAAAAUGUUGCAGAACAAUUUGAAUCCAACAAUACCGAACAAAACUUCACGUAUUAUUCUUCAAAAUACUCACAAAUUGAAGGAGAAGAGGAAAUGGAACUGCCUGAUGGUGUGAGUCAAAAUGAAUGGUUGUAUCGACCAAUGGCUCUAAAUCCUGAUACUCAUUUUUAUAAUAUAUCUGUAAAUACCAAUUAUAGUGCAGUACAUGUACCCACAAAUGUUUAUGAUAGAGGACCAGUAGUAGCAGAAACUAUACAAUGGUCUGAAGCAUUGGAUGAAGUAUUUGUACAGAAUUAUAAUGCUGAUCCUGCUCUAUCAUGGCAGUAUUUUGGAACAUCUACAGGAAUUAUGAGACAAUAUCCAGCAAUGCAGUGGAAAGAUGGUCAGAAAAAUAAACCGGUAGAUCUCUUCGAUUGUCGUUCCCGUUCUUGGUACAUCGAAGCUGCAACUUGUUCCAAAGAUGUAGUUAUUUUAUUGGACAAUUCUGGUUCCAUGUAUGGAUUUAGGAACCACAUUGCUCGACUCACAGUCAAAAGCAUAUUAGAUACAUUCUCUAAUAACGAUUUUGUGAAUAUCUAUAACUUUUCAAAGGGCAUAGAUGGCGUCGUACCUUGUUUCAAUGAUACUCUGGUUCAGGCUACUCCUGAAAACAUCAGGAUUUUUAAUGAAGCAAUUGCUGAGAUUGUUCCGGAGGGAAAUGCUAAUGUUUCGAAUGCGUUUACGAAAGCUUUUCAAUUGCUGGAGUCAUAUCGUGAAAAACGUAAAUGCAGUGCAACUGAGGGUUGUAACCAAGCCAUCAUGCUGGUAACCGAUGGUGUACCAGGAAAUAUAACAGAAGUUUUUGAAAAAUACAAUUGGUUAGAUAAUGGCACCAGAAUUCCUGUCAGAAUAUUCACAUAUCUCAUAGGAAGAGAGGUCACCAAAGUCAAAGAAAUUCAACUUAUGGCAUGUAUGAACAGAGGAUAUUAUGUCCACAUCACUUCAAUGAAUGGAGUCCAACAACAAGUAAUUAAGUAUAUUCAAGUAAUAGCCCGACCUUUAGUAUUGCAAAACGAGGAUCAUCCUGUGACAUGGACUCAUGCAUACGCCGAUAUAACGGUAACAUUAAUUUUAAAAUAA